ACCCUCCUACACAUGGAAGCAGCAGAGCUCGACACGAAAAUGGCGAGAAGAAACUCAGGGCUUCUCCUGGUGCGCCAAUUGCUUGCCAAUCGCAGCAACCUCUGCGCUGCUCUUCUUCCUCACCACAACCUCCCUUCUUAUUCAAUCCCAACCCUAAAUUCAUUCUCAAAGACCCAAUCUUCACCUCCUCCCAAUCCAAAACCCUUCUCCAAUUUCUCAACCUUUCGAUCCCUCUCAUCAUCCUCAGGUGCUCCCUCCAACAUUGUAGUCGUUAAGUCUGAGGAUGAGUUGAAGAGCGCACUGAGCAAAGCUAAAGAUGGGUCUCUGCCGGCGAUUUUUUACUUCACUGCAGUGUGGUGCGGGCCGUGCAGGUUCAUAGCUCCAGUUAUUGGGGAAUUGAGUGAGAAGUACCCACAUGUGACGACAUUUAAGAUUGACAUUGACGAGGAGGGCCUUGGAAGUGCAUUGGGCAAGUUGAAUAUUUCCUCUGUGCCAACAUUCCAGUUCUUUCAAAAUGGGAAAAUGGCAGCUGAAGUUGUUGGUGCUGAUGCUGCACGCUUGAAAGAUAUUUUUGGAAAACUCUACAAGCCGGACUUGUGAACAAAGAGAGAAGCAAAACAAGGCGAGUCUAGGUGGAGCUGCCAGCAAAAGAUGUAAUAUGAAAUCAUUGUACAAGAAGCUGAUUAUAAGCUUUCUCUUCUCCACACUGGCUUGUCUUUUGUUGACCCACUAGGUUUUAGCGUGUUAAAUCUUAAAACCAUAUGAAUUCUGAACCUGUACAAUGGAUGAAGUUUUAAAUAAAAGGUUUAGUUCGAAAUACAA